AUCGUGCUGUUACUAUAUAUAUAGGUGUGUGUGUGAGAAUCCAGAAAAGGGUGAGAAGAGAAGAAAGGAUGAGAGAGAGAAGCAAAGAAGAAGAGUGUGAGAUGGGAGUAGGAGCGUUGUUGAAGAAGGAUGUUGCAGUUGCAGAGGCACCCAUUGUUCUGGGACUGCAACCCUCAGCCAUGAUUGACCACGUGGCAAGAGUGGAUUGGUCUUUGCUUCAUCAAAUUUCCGGUGAACAUGGAGGCUCCAUACCUGUUGAGCUUGUAGAGCUUGAAAAUAUACUGAGGGAGGUGAAAAUCCAUGUUCUCUCAUGCCAUGAUGAUGACCCUUCUGCUGCAAAUGUCAAGACCUUGGCUGGAGGUAGUGUUGCAAACACGGUUCGAGGGCUGAGAAGUGGGUUUGGGAUUUCUAGUGGAAUUAUUGGGGCUUGUGGAGAUGAUGACCAAGGAGAGUUCUUUGUCCAUAACAUGAAUUUCAAUGGAGUUGACCUCUCUAGACUCAGGAAGAAGAAAGGACAUACAGCACAGUGUGUUUGUUUGGUUGAUGACUUGGGAAACCGAACCAUGCGACCCUGUCUCUCUAAUGCUGUGAAAGUUCAGGCGGACGAGUUGACCAAAGAAGAUUUUAAGGGCUCCAAGUGGUUGGUGUUAAGAUAUGGUAUAUUUAAUUUGGAAGUGAUUCAAGCAGCCAUUCUUUUAGCAAAGCAGGAAGGUCUUCUAGUUUCUUUGGAUUUGGCCAGUUUUGAGAUGGUCAGGAAUUUCAAAGAACCACUUCUGAAGCUACUGGAGUCAGGGAACAUUGACCUUUGUUUUGCCAAUGAGGAUGAGGCAACAGAGCUUCUAAGGGGUGGUGAACAGAAUGCUGAUCCAGAAACUGCAGUAGAAUUUCUUGCCAAGUACUGCCAAUGGGCAGUAGUAACACUUGGCUCUAACGGAUGCAUUGCUAAACAUGGAAACGAGAUUGCACGUGUUCCAGUGAUAGGAGAAGCAAAAGCAAAAGAUGCAACAGGAGCAGGGGAUCUGUUUGCAAGUGGGUUUUUGUAUGGAGUGAUAAAAGGAAUGUCACUUGAAGAGUGCUGCCAAGUGGGAGCAUGCAGUGGUGGGUCUGUUGUACGUUCUCUUGGGGGUGAACUCACAUUGGACAAUCUUCAUUGGAUGUACAAACACAUGCAGAUCAUGAAUCUUCUCACGCCAAAUACUGCCAAAUGAACACUAACUUCUUCCUUUACUUUUCCUUUUUUCCUUUACAUUUCAUCUCUUGUCAGAAAAUGGCAGCAAUUGUAUUCUUCUAAAUGUGAAAUGCUUUCAUUAAUGGAUGAAGCAAGCCUAUGCAAGUUCUACACAAAUGGAUUCA